AUGCAUACUGCUGCUCUCUUCCUUGCUCUCUCCCUCUCUGCCCAUGCGGUGCCUGUCCUCAAUGCUCGUGGAAAUGACACCGUCGAGCGUAGAGAAGAAGGUCCCUACAAAGUCGUGAAUGUUGCGGGUCCUACUACUCCCGUUGUUGAGACCAUCACUGCGACUAACCCUCCGGCGCCGCCUACCACUAUCACCGUUACUGAGUUCCCCUCGUCCACACCAGCUUCCGUGCCUGGCGCUUCUCCCUCACCUUGGAAUGCCGGGCCUAACGUGGGUGGUGCUCCGCUGGGUCGCCGCGACACCAACAGCAGCGCAAGUGCACUGAGCCGUCGUGCGAUGUUUGAGGAGGAUGCCCCUACCAACAGCACUGCCAGCCGACGUGGACUCCUCGACGAUGCUACCAACAGCACCCUGAGCCGACGUGCGAUGUUUGAGGAGGAUGCCCCAACUAACAGUACCGCGAGCCGACGUGGAAUCCUCGAUGAUGCUAGUAACAGCACCCUGAGCCGACGUGCGAUGUUUGAGGAUACCCCGACCAACAGCACCCUGAGCCGACGUGCGAUGUUUGAGGAGGAUGCUCCUACCAACAGCACCGAAAAGCAUGCAAUGGCCGCUCGCAGUAACACCACUUCCGAAGUUUUGGCUCGUAGCCUGAACGAGACAGCUGUGCAGACUCGGGAGCUUAAGGAUGCCCUUGUUUCCGAGCAUCACAAUGCCAGCGAUGUUAGUGGCAAGUUCGGGGUUGUGGCCAGGGACACUCAGAAAUCCGAGAACGCCACUGAUAUUGGCAGCAAGGUCCCAAUUCGCGCCCGGAAUGAUACAGUUUUGCAGGCACGGGCAUUCAAUGACACCCCCUCUGACACCGCCAUCAUGUCUUCCAGGCCUCACGCCAGGGGCCUGAACCACACAGACUCUCAGGCGUAG